AUGGGGGGCUCUCAGCCGCCCUUCAUGUACCAAGCCAUCAAAGAUGAUGAGCGGUUUCCCGCGGUCAACUUUGAUCCCAAGGCUGUGACGCGAGCGAGCUACGAGCCCAAGAAACAAAAGGCGAAACCUGAUGGACCGCUAGUAUCGAUCAAUCGCCAUCCCGAUGCACACAUGGUCCCAAAUGGCCGCUCGCGCUUUCGACCGAUGGGCCGCCGCACCAAGGGCUGGAUCAAGGGCAUGCGUGUGGUGCAGAUCGGACUCCGGGUCAUUCAGAUCACGGCCGCCGUUGGCUUGAUCACAGUUAUGAGCGUGGCGGGCCUGAUGGGUUGGGUUAUGGGCGUGACCCUGGGUGUCGUCCUCGUACACUGUGGCUAUAGCAUUUUCCACCACUUCCGCCCGGCCGGCGCGCGCACCCCGGGUUCAUCCGCUGCUUACCAACUAUUUUCCGGCUUUUCGGACAUCUGUGUUCUCCCUCUGUACGCGUAUGGCGCGAUUCUAGCACGGAACAAGAACGAAGAGUGGAAGACCAAGCCUCCAUCCGACCCGAACGUGGUGCAGUACAUGGUCCCGUCAGUGUACUACGGCCUGAUCGGUGCGGGUGGCUUGCAUCUCCUGUCGCUGGCCAUUUCCCUGUGGCUCGGCUUGAUGUUUAGGCGCAUUGCCAACAUGCCACCUGACAUGAACCCGCUGGAAGCGAACCUGACCUCGCGCGUGGCACACAAGCGGAACAAGUCGUCUGUGGCUACGACGUCGACUUACUAUGACGAGAAGAGCGAACGUGGUAGCCGGCUUUAUGACGACGACGACGAGAAGCACAGUGUGCGCCCACGUUCGAUCCCGUUCAUGCACACUCGCCAGGGUUCUGAUCUUUCGUCAUUGGAGUCUUCCACCCGCGAUUCACGCAUCAACCUCCCCAGCCGCCAAUACCAGGUUCCCGCCAGCCACCGCAGCUCGGUGUCGUCCCAGGAUAUCGACAGAAAACGCAUGUCGGCACCCCCCUCGCCGUCGAAGCAACGCGCCUCGUACAUGGAGAUUCCCCUUGGCGAAACCGGCUCUGACCCCGUCUCGCCGUCGCAAACUGCCCAGCCGCGCCCCGCUAGGUUUACCGAGACCUGGUACACAUCCGAGAGCCUGAUCAGCCGGACCCAGAAGCGGAACCGCACCAGCGCCCAAGCCCAAAACCAGGGCCAUUGCCAGAGCGCGAGUGAGGAUGCUCAAAACGCGGCCUACCAUCGUGCUGCGGCAUAUGCGUCCCUCGAUGCGUCUGAUCCCGAUGACGACUCGGACAACGACAUCACCGCGGCCGCCAACACCUUCUACACCCCCGCCCAGCGUGGUAUCGACCACGACAACAACAACGACGACAACACCUACCAUCCUAACCCUCUCCGCUCCCACCCCACCGACACCACACCCACUAACAUGAACAACACCCCUCCCUCCUCAACACCCGCUUCCGCGGAAGCCAGCGCAGCCCGUCGUCCCCGCACCCCUUUCUCCCGCCUCCGUAACUCCGUGCUUUCCACCAUCUCCCUCAACGACCGCCGCGUCUCAGGAAGCCAGGACAUCACCGACCAAACCCAGCAGCAGAUCCAGUCCCGCACGCUCCAGAAGAAACCGAACGUCCACCAACAGCGAUUGCAGCAGCGAAAUAGAGAUUCCUCGAUCCAGGCGGACAGCGCUUUCUUUUCCAAGCCGUACGGCGAGCUCAAGGCCGCGACGCCGCCGAUUCUUGUGGGUGGGAAGGAGCCCUCUUCUGAUGAUGAGGAGGGUGUUAAGGGUGGGCCAGCGAUGGGCAGCAGGGUGGUGUCGUCCGGGAAUGAUUACGGGUACGAUUUGGGCGUGAGCAUGGGAAGGAGGAAUGUGAGUGGUCGUGCUGCCGAGGAGGGUAGAGCCGGGGCUGGGGCUGGGGAGAGGUGGUCCCGUUAUUCGGUCCUGAAUGAGUGA